UGACGCAGGCGCACUUGGGAGAGUCCCGGAAUUAUUGGAAUAGAGGGAGAUAACCAUGGAGAUAACGGUUCCGCUGAAUUUCACUGAUUCCCGUUAAACUGCUCGGCUUCACGGUGAAGGACUGACCGGAGGAAGGGACUGUUUUCCCCCCGGAGCUCGUCUUCACAGGUCGAUGUGGGGUUCGUCCAUCCAUGGCCCUCCCCAGGUGACCUCCAGUGACCCCAGUCACUCCUGACUGCAGCCGUAAUCCCUGAUCCACCAGAAGACUUGUGCAGGAUGCAGUGUGAGGAGGGGACAGAGUGGCUGCUGGAGCUGCUGACAGAUGUGCAGUUGCAGCAGUACUUCCUGCGGAUCCGCGAUGAGCUCAACGUCACCAGACUCUCCCACUUCGACUACGUCAAAAACGAAGACCUGGAGAAGAUCGGCAUGGGCCGGCCGGGUCAGAGGAGGCUGUGGGAGGCAGUCAAGAGGAGAAGAGCUCUUUAUAAACGCAAGUCGUGGAUGAGCAAGGUGUUUCCGGUGAAACGGCCCGACGCCGCCGACCCCCAGCAGACCCUCCCUCAGGGGGCGUCGUCCGGCGCGGUGCCGGCCAACAGCGAGUCGGCGGCCUCGCUCACCUGCCUGAUCAGAGAGACGGAGCUGCAGCUGUUCGAGCGGCUGGGAGACGGCACGUUCGGAGUGGUGCGGAGAGGAGAGUGGACCGGUCCCAACGGCAGAGUGCUGUCGGUGGCAGUGAAGUGUCUGAAGGCCGGCGUGUUAGACUCAGACGGUCUGGACGAUUUCAUCCGAGAGGUGAACGCCAUGCACUCCCUCAGCCACCAGAACCUCAUCCGCCUGUACGGGAUCGUCCUCACGCAGCCCAUGAAGAUGGUGACUGAGCUGGCUCCUCUGGGCUCCCUGUUGGAUCGUCUGAGGAAGCGUCAGGGUCACAUCCUCAUCUCCUCGCUGUGUAACUACGCCGUGCAGGUGGCGUGCGGCAUGGCCUACCUGGAGCAGAGGCGUUUCCUCCACAGGGAUUUGGCCGCCCGCAACGUUCUGCUGUCCACUAAUGAAACGGUGAAGAUCGGAGACUUUGGCCUGAUGAGGGCGUUACCCACACACACUGAUCAAUACAUCAUGGAGGAGGGCCACAAAAUCCCCUUCCCAUGGUGCGCUCCAGAGUCCUUAAAGUCUCGUACUUUCUCUCAUGCAUCCGACACCUGGAUGUUUGGGGUCACUCUGUGGGAGAUGUUUACUCACGGACAGGAACCGUGGCUGGGCCUUAAUGGGAGCCAGAUCCUCCACAAGGUGGACGUGGAGGCCGAGAGGCUUUGCAAACCAGACGACUGUCCUCAAGAUAUCUAUAACGUCAUGCUGCAGUGCUGGAGCCCCAAACCUGAGGACAGACCGACCUUCAUCGCCCUCAGAGACUUCCUGCUCGAGACCAUGCCUACAGACAUGAGAGCCCUGCAGGACUUUGAAGAGGAAGACAAGCUCCAGAUUAAAAUGAAUGAUGUCAUCACCAUCAUAGAGGGAAGGGCAGAGCACUACUGGUGGCGAGGCCAGAACAGGGGAACGCUACGUGUCGGCCAGUUUCCCCGACACGUGGUGACGUCGGUGGCCGGCCUGUCAGCCCACGACAUCAGCCGGCCGCUCAAACACUCGUUCAUUCACACCGGACACGGAGACACGGAUCCUCACAGGAGCUGGGGACAUGCAGAUCGCAUAGACAGUCUAUAUUUGGGAAACCCUAUGGACCCUCCUGACGUUCUUGGAAUGGACCCUUGCGCGGCGAGACCGACAAAACUCCCCAACCGUGCCAAGAAGCAACCUCCCCCUCGUCCUCCUCAGCCUGCCGUCCUGCUGAAGAAGCCGUUCUACGACUCGGUGAUGGACGAUUACGACGACGAGGACGACGCCAGCGCUUCGUCCGGGCUGAAGAGGCUCGGAGCGUCCUUGGGCCUGAAGCUCAGGCCGUGGGAGGGGUCCGGCGUGCGGUCGGCCAAAAGCGAGGUGUCGCUCAUCGACUUCACCGACGACAGCUUCAGCUCGACCACGCCCUCCCCGCUCACGGAGACGCGGCAGCUGGAUGAAGACACAUUGAAGGACACCCCCUCCAUCCUUGACUGGCCCCUGCCACAGCCAGCUUAUGACGAGGUCGCUACAGAGCUGGAGGACCAAUCCGUGGACCAGGAGGUGCGGUCUAUCAACAAGGGAGUGACUGAAGAGGCCUUAGCCACCCCUGGUGCUGCCAUGGCGGGCAGGAGCGAGUCACAAUCAGCUGACCUCUUCCAAGAGCUACAGAGAGAGGUGAUGGUGAAGCUGCAGGUUCCCAUGGCAACAGGUCGCUCCCUCCCCUCCUCCCCCCUUCCUAUGCCUCUGGCGCCUAUAGGCCCCCACAGACAGAUAUACCUGCCUCCUUCCUCCCCUUCCUCCACCUCCUCCUUCACCUGCUGCUUCGAGGAGCGGCCGGUGCUGCCACCUCGCAGCCCCGUCCCCCCGCUGCGUCCCUCCAAACACAACCCCUCCAACCGCACCUCCCACCCACAGGCGCGCUCUAGCUCCAUCUCACUGGAACUGGAGGACACGCCUCCUCAGAUCCCGCCCAGAGAUCACGCCUUCUCCCAGCCCGGCUCCCGCUCCUCCUCACCCCUCCCUCUGGUACCGCCUAUGUCCUCCUCACCUAUAGCCCUGCCCCCUCCUCCCCUCUCCGUCUCCCCUCGCCGGGCGUCCGGCCUCCUGGGUCCCCUCCUGUCCUCCAACUCCUCCUCUUCCCUACCUAAAACCGCAUCCCUUUCCUCACGGCUCGCAACUCCGGACUCCUCCUACUCAUCCAGCUCCUUACUGGAUCCUCUCGCCUUUCGUGAGGGGCGUGGACUUUCCUCACUGAUUGACAGCUCCCAGAGUACUGCUCCCGCCCCGCUGCCAGAGCGACCGGCUUUUCUAGAGAGAUAUGGAACAGCCAAUAUGGCGGCAGUCAAGCCCAUGAUGCAGCAGCCUGGCGGAGCCAAACCCAACUCCUCCUACAACAACAACAAUGGGCGAACUGCGGUUCCCAGCAUGCAACAGGAGCAGAGCAUCACACAGGUCCAAGGAGCAGUACACGGUGUCACGCUGGAGGAGUGUCGGACCGCUCUGCAGAGCUACAAGUGGAGCAUCCCUCAGGCCAUAAACCAUUUGAAGGUGGAGCAGUUGUUCCGUCUGGGCCUGCGGUCCAGAUCAGAGUGUGAAGAGCUUCUGCAGCGCUGCCAGUGGAACCUGGAACAGGCCAGCACACUCAUGCUGGACACAUACGGACCACACUGCAGCAGGAAGUGAUCUCAGAAUGACACGCCGAGCGGCAAUCAACUACUGACGAGCCACAGGUGUCGCACCGAUCAACAUACCGACGCCGAACCGCUCCGGAUGACUCAUCUCUCCGAGGAGCCGAGACACCGCGUUGCUUUUCUUGAACAGAGGAAACAUCCGGCGGCAGUAGAUGUGCCUCACACUUUAUGUACUGUGAAUACCUGCUUCUACCUGUGUCACACACACACACACAUAUGCAUGCUCAUUAUCAACUAACAGAGCAGCUUGUUGAAUGAGUCACACUAUUUACUUGAAUGAUUGCUAUUUAUGUUUUUUAUUUUACCUUU